AUGGGCAAGUUAAUAUUUAGUAGUUAGUGGAUCACGUUCUUCUUUACAUACUACGAAUUACUCUUGAUGUACAAAAUCCAAAGUAAAUGGUAAGUUCUAAGCUUGGUAAGAAUCUAAUUCAACAUUUAGAGUUAAGUAUGCGAAGAUCAAUCUGCAACAAUAAAUUCACAUGCUUAACAAGAAAACCUUGCUGAAAAUUGUACUAUUUCUACUGCUAGAUGCAUAACUAUUUCAAUUUGUUCAUCAAACAAGACUUAAUUGUUUGUGGCUGACUUAACACAUAAAAAUGGAGUAGUUAGAUGUUUUUGGAUGCAACAAUAAAUAAAUGCAAAGAUAAAUUUUGCAGUGAUAAAAAAAUGGCUUAACUGAUGGUGAAUAUCAUACUUUCUUUCAGGAUGUAAAACAAAUGGAUUGGUUAUUUGGCUUGAGACUAAAGUAUUGAAUUUGCCAAUACAUAAUUCUCUCUAAAGUUUAGCGCUGAACCAUGUCUUUAGAUUUAUAGAUAAUGUUAUGAGUAUGAAGAAUGUAAAGC